AUGAAAAUUCAACUAAAUGUUUUGAAUGAAAGGGAAGGAUUCACUUUACUCAAGAAACAUGCAAGUAUAGGUGAUGACCACCCCGCAUUGGAUGAUGCAGCCAUUGGAGUUUCAAGAGAAUGUUAUGGUUUGCCUUUAGCACUUGUAGCUAUUGGGUGUGCUAUGAAGGGGAAAGAAAUUAAUGAUUGGAAAGUCAUGUCUCAAAAAGUAAAGGAGUCAAAACUUGAGGAUAUACUUAAUGUUGCUGGACUGAAAGAUAUUUAUGCUUGUCUUAGAUUGAGUUAUGAUUAUUUGAAGGAUGAGAAAACAAAGUUAUGUUUCUUUUUGUGUUCACUAUUUCCGGAAGAUUACAUAAUUAGUUUGGAGCAAUUGGUUAGAUAUGGGGUCGGGCUAGGUUUAUAUCAGGAUGCUGACAGAAUUGAAGAUGCAAGGAAUGAAUUGCUUUCAACACUUAAUUAUCUCAAACCUUCAUGUUUGUUGUUAGAUUCGGGUGGAGAAGAAUUUGUGAAAAUGCAUGACAUGGUUUGUGAUGUUGCAUUGUGGAUAGCAUCCAAAAGGAAUAAUAUAUUCACGAGUAAGUCUGGCAUGGGAUUGAUAGAGUGGUCAAAUGAGGAAGGCUGGAAACAAUAUACGGCAAUCUCCUCAUUAGCCAGCAAAAUAGUAGAGCUUCCUACUAGUUUGAGCCUAGAGCUAAUUGGCUGCGUUCAUUUCAAAGACAUUUCUUCCCUUGGAAGGCUAAUAAAACUUGAGAUUCUUAGUUUAAAAGAUUCCAUUUUUGAUGAAUUGCCAAAAGAACUUGGGGAACUUGGUAAGUUAAGAUUGUUGGAUUUGCGUGCUUGUGAUGUGUUAAAAAAAAUUCCUUCCAAUGUGAUACAAAGAUUGUCUCAAUUGGAAGAACUAUACAUGGGUGACAGCUUUAAAGAAUAUCAGGAAUUUAAAGAAGUGAGUGAAUAUGGAAGCAAUGCUAGCUUUUAUGGGUUGAGUUCACUUUCUCGGUUGGCCUUACUGUCUGUGGAAAUGGAAGCUAAAUGUCUUCUAGUAGACUUUCCUCUCCCGAAAUUGCUAAAGACUGAGACUGAAAAGAGGGGAGGGGGCUGCACUGUUCCUGCUAUUCCCCUUCCUCAGUAUGAAGGGUGCUUUUGCUUUUUAGCUGUGCAUUCUUGUUACACAGAGCUACAUUUAAGCAUCAAGGCUCCUCUUAUGCAAAGUCCAAAAAUUGAGUCCAGUUACAUACCCCCAUAUCCUGAUGGAAAGGUAUUGCUUUUUGAGGGCUCAACUCUCCUCAAACAUGUGGGAAACCUCAUGGAACUUGAGCAUGAGAUGUGCAAAUAUGGUUUGCAUAUCAAGAAUCAGGAAAUGGCAUUGAAAAUUGUUAAUGAUCAAACAGUAGAAGUUGAGCAAGUCUUGUUUCAAUUGCAAGGUUUUGAUUGA